AUGAGGCAUUUGAUAAGAUUGACUUUAACUAAGGUCAUUCUUUAUUAAACCGUUAUACAAACAAGUUGAAAAGCCAUUUAAAUAACUUCAUUUUAAUUUUAAAUAACAAAUUUGUAAUUGUUAAUUUUUAUUUUAUAAACACAAAAAAUUGUUGAUUACAAAAAUGGCAAUUAAAGUUAUAAUUAUUGGAGCUGGAGUUGGUGGAACAGCAACAGCAGCAAGAUUAAGUGCCAAAGGAUUUGAUGUUAAAGUAUAUGAAAAAAAUUCUUACAAUGGUGGAAGAUGUUCAUUGAUUAAUCACAAUGGUCAUCGAUUUGAUCAAGGACCAUCACUCUAUUUAAUGCCAAAAAUAUUUGAAGAAACAUUUCGUGAUUUAAAUGAAAAUAUACAUGAUCAUAUAGAAUUAUUAAAAUGUACAACAAAUUAUAAUUUAUAUUUUCAUGAUGAUAAAGUCAUUAAAUUAUCUACUGACUUAACUGAACUAUCAUCAACUCUUGAUGAAUAUGAAGGGGAUAGUGAAUUAACGCUAAUUAAUUUUUUAAAAUUUUUAAAAGAAUCACAUGUACAUUGUCAUAGAAGUAUAAAACUUGCACUGAGAAAUGAUUUUCAAAAUUGGUAUGAUUUUUUUCAUCCACGACAUGUACCAGAUCUUAUUAAACUUCAUUUGUAUGAUACUGUAUAUAACAGAGUUUGUAAAUAUUUUAAAAGUGAUUAUAUGAGGAGAGCAUUUACAUUUCAAACCAUGUAUUUAGGAAUGUCACCAUAUGAUGGUCCAGCUCCAUACAGUUUACUACAAUACACAGAAAUGGCUGAGGGAAUAUGGUACCCAAAAGGUGGAUUUAAUAAAGUACUACAAAGUCUUGAAAAUAUUGCAAUAAAACAUGGAGCCGAGUUUAAUUACAACAGUGAUGUCAAGGAAAUAAUUAUCGAUGAUAAUGGUGUUGCCAAAGGAAUAAAAUUACAAAAUGGUAAUAUAAUAAAUAGUGACAUUGUCAUUUGCAAUGCUGAUCUUGUUUAUGCAUAUAAUAAAUUAUUGCCAAAAACACCCUAUGCUGAUAAACUUGGCAAACAAAAACUUACAUCAUCAUCAAUAUCAUUCUACUGGUCAAUGAAAAAAAUAAUACCACAAUUAAUAAUGCAUAAUAUAUUUGUAGCCGAAAAAUAUAAAGAAAGUUUUGAUCAAAUAUUUAAAGAUCAUAAACUGCCAGAUGAACCAUCUUUUUAUGUUAAUGUACCAAGUCGUCUUGAUCCAACAGCAGCACCAGAAGGCAAAGACAGUGUUGUUGUUCUUGUACCAGUUGGUCAUUUAACAAAUAAUCCAAAUAUUAAUUUUGAUGAUAUAGUAAAUACAGCUAGACAACAAGUUAUUGAAAUAAUGGAAAAAAGAUUAAAAAUAACAAAUCUACGAAGUCUCAUUGAACAUGAAAUUGUUAAUGAUCCUAGAACUUGGCAAAGUGAAUUUAAUCUAUGGAAAGGAUCUAUACUUGGAUUGUCACAUUCUAUGUUUCAGGUACUGUGGUUUAGACCCAGUUUAAAAUGUAAAAUAUUUAAUAAUUUGUAUUUUGUUGGUGCAUCAGUUCAACCUGGAACUGGUGUACCUAUUAUUCUUUAUGGUGCAAAAUUAUUAGAAAAAAAAAUAUGUAAUGCAUAUUUGAACAAAAAUUCAAGUAAAUUUUCAUUACAUAAUUUUAUUGUAUUUUUAAUAAGUUUUUUUAUUUUUAUUAUUUCUAUUUACUUUUUUUAUAUUUUUUAUUGAUAUUAUAUUUUCAAUGAUAUUGUUAUAAUUUUUUUUUUCUAAUUUCUCAUAUUAUCUAUUUUUAAUUGUAUGAAUAAUAAAAUUUGUAUUCAAAUUGAAUUGAUUAUCAUUUUGUAUUUAAUCGUAAAUUUUUAAAUAAAAAUUCUUCUAAUAAAAUUAAUCAAAAUAAAAACAUAGUCAUUAUCU